AUGGUACACAGGAAUGAAAAAAGGGCUAGAAAGGCUGGAGUAAAACAUCCAGAACCACGACGCAAGGAGCGAGGCAGAAUAGCUGUGGAAAAUGUCCAUGUAGUCGAGGUAGCCAAUCUUGGAAUUAGUAACAACGAGAUUACCGGAAGUGAUUCGGUAUCAAGCGCUAGUGGUACCGGAAGUGGCGGUGUACCAGCGGGCUUUCCGUUUCAAGUAGGCUAUCGGGAGGCUGGUCAGGAUUAUACGCUUUACCUUUUGGGAAGUCGAGAAGAAGAACGCACAGAGUGGAUUCGAGCAAUUCGAACUGGCAUGGAGAUGAAAUCGGUUCAAAUUGGAGAUAGGCCUGUACCCGAAAGAAAGACAAUUGAAAAUCUAGCUAACAUCCUCAGGGUUCUCUGCUUAGAUUGGGAGCUGGAUAUCGCAAAUGUGAAGGCUAUUGUCACGGAUAAUGGGCCAAACGUUCUUGGAGCGUGUAAGCAAGUGUUAAGUGCUCAGAAACACAUCUCUUGUUUAGCUCACAAUUUAAAUCUAGCAGUUACGGAUGCGUUAGGUUUAUAUAAAACCAACAACCAGAUGGAUCAAGAAGAAGUACCGUUGCCCUUGCCUGUAUUUGAAGAUAACGAAGAUGAAGAGGACCAAAUAAUUCUAGAUGUAGACGUUGAAGAUACAGGGCUGAAAGAUGACUUACCUUCUUUCAAGAGAGUCGUCUCGAAAAUAAAGAAAAUUAUGACUGAGUGGAGGAAAGCUGAGGCAGAGUGCUUGAGACUAAUUCAAGAGAUUUGCACCAGGUGGAACUCAGUUUAUGAGAUGCUCGACAGAUUCCUCCUAUUGCGUGAACUCGUACAGCAAGUUCUUGCGAAAAUAACACGAGAGAAAACUAGCAAGGAAAAGCCACCACCAAUGAUUGCGGCAGAAGAGGAAGGAACUUGUGAGGGAGGUUCGGGAUCUUCUAAAACCAGCAUGGCAAGUCACAAAGGAGAUCUGCGCGGAGAAACUUUAAGAGAGUACAACGCAGUCCACCCAGUUGCUUUCAAUAUUAAGCACUCAUUACUCGCCGAAAUUGAAAAGCGAUUGGGCUUCAUGGAGAAACUGCCGAUGCCUGCUAAGGCCACCAUUCUCGACCCCAGAUUCAAGAAACUACACUUCACAGAUGCUGGAAAUUUCGCGAGAGCACUGUCAUCUAUUGAUAAGGAGUUAAAGGCGAAAAUUGCGGUGUCGGUGGAUGAGGAACGCGCCAGGAAAAUGCCACUGGAUCAGCCUGGAGAUAGCCAGGUGAACGACAUCUGGGUUCAUCACGAUGCCUUGCGUUCGCAACAGUUCCCCGAGGCGGACACUGAUACUGCUGGAGGCUUAUCUGUAGAGCUCCGACAGUACUUAAAUCAGCCAACCGGUCCUCGCUAUGUAAAUCCAUUCGAAGAAUGGAAUAACAUCAAGCAUGCGUAUCCAAAUUUGUAUAAGGUAACACUAGAGUAUUUGCCCAUUCUGGCAACUUCAGUGCCUUCCGAGAGGCUGUUUUCUAAAGCUAGUAAAAUUAUUACCAAGCUUAGAAACAGGCUCUCGGGAAAGCACUUAAACCAGCUAAUAUUUUUAGCGUCGCUGGACUUUGAAAUGUGGAAAUAA